AUGAAAAUCUUGAUGAUCCACGGAUCCCGCCAAUCCGGCCAACUCUUCCGAGCAAAACUCCAAGCCUUAGAAAAAUUAAUACACCGAGCCCUCGGCCCUCUCCAGCCUGGAGUUGAACUCGUGUACCCGACAGCUCCAUUCGCACUAGAGUCCUCCACGGGUGCCACAUCCGACCUGCGCAAUCGGCAUGGUUCAUGGAGCUGGUUCGAAUCUGAAUCCAUCGAAGGACUUUACCCGGGACUAGAAGGCGCCCUGGAGUCUAUUGCGUCUCUUCUCAAGGAUUCCGGGCCGUUCGAUGGGAUUGUUGGUUUUAGUCAGGGGGCCGCGGCGGCUGUUAUGGUCGCCUCGCUGUUAGAAGGAAAUCGAAAAGAUGCAUUUGCCAGAUUGGAAGCGGAGGCUGGGAUUCCAUAUCCCGCUUGCUUCGCCUCGCUUGAACACCCGCCGCUCAAGUUCGUCGUUAGUAUUUCGGGUUAUGUUGCUUCUCAUCCGGAUUAUCGGGCUUUUUACGAUCCCGUCAUUCGGACGCCUGUGCUACAUUUUUUGGGGAGUAUGGAUACCGUUGUGGAUGAGAAUGCGUCGAUGAGGUUGGUGCAAAAUUGUCAGGUGGGGGAUGAAAAGAAACAGAUUGUUAUAUGGCACUCGGGUGGACAUGUGGUUCCAAGUGGGAAACGUGAACUUGCUGCCGUUGCGCAUUUUAUAAAGUCUAACGUGAGCUGA